CUCGAGCCUCGACUGUUAACGGAACUGUGGUGUUGUUUAAUGUUUACCAUCGUUCAGCUUGACUGAACUAUCUGAUCCGGAGGAGGCUUUAUCUGAUCGCCACAUAACAUUUAACAGUUACAGCGAAAGGACUGGACGCGCUGUGUGAAAUAACCUAAGUAUGUCUCGAGAGCAGAAAGCAGUGGAGCGUGCCAGGAAGGCCUUCCUCACCGGCCGGAGCAAAUCACUGGAGUACCGCAUUACACAGCUGAAAAACCUGCUGCGUUUUGUCAGAGAACGACAGAAUGAAAUCGCAGAGGGCCUCAAAAAGGAUCUCGGAAGGAGUGAGUUUGGAACUCCUUUGUAUGAGACUCUGAUCCUGGAGAGUGAGAUUAACCUGGUUGUGACAAAGCUGAAAGAUUGGGCAGCUCCUCGACCCGUGAGCAAGAGCAUGAUGACCAUCUCAGACCAGGUCUACAUCCAGCCUGAGCCCCUGGGAGUUGUGCUGGUCAUUGGGGCCUGGAACUACCCCUGGGCUGUCACCAUCGGGCCCCUCAUAGGAGCUAUAGCAGCAGGUAAUGCAGCUGUGAUCAAGCCAUCUGAGGUCAGUUCUCACACUUCCAAAGUAAUGGAGGAUCUCUUACCACUGUACCUGGACAAAGAGUUGUACCCUGUCGUCGCCGGUGGGGUGUCAGAGACCCAAGAGCUGCUCAAGCAGCGGUUCGAUCACAUCUUCUACACCGGGAACGGGACCGUGGGUAAAAUCAUCAUGGAGGCUGCUGCGAAACACCUAACCCCGUCCACUCUGGAGCUGGGCGGAAAGAGCCCGUGCUACAUCGACAACAACUGUGAUCUUGCCGUCGCAUGCCGGCGUAUUGCAUGGGGGAAGUAUUCAAACUGUGGUCAGACCUGCAUCGCUCCGGACUACAUACUGUGUGACCCCAGUAUACAAGACAGAGUGAUCGAAGAGAUCAAGAAGAAUAUUAAAGAUUUCUAUACCGAAGACCCCAAAAAAUGUCAGGAUUAUGGACGCAUCAUCAAUGAGCGCCACUUCAAGAGACUGAUGGCGUUGCUUGAGGGCAGCAGCGUCGCUGUGGGGGGUGAAAACGACGAGUCAGAGUGCUACAUUGCUCCUACAGUUUUAAGGGACGUGAAGCCGGAUGCCAAGGUGAUGCAGGAUGAGAUCUUCGGGCCACUGUUACCCGUCCUGACAGUGAGCGGUGUAGAUGAAGCCAUCAAAUUCAUCAACCAGAGAGAGAAGCCCCUUGUCUUGUACAUCUUCUCUUCAGACAACAAGCUGAUCAAGCGUAUGAUAGCGGAGACCUCUAGUGGUGGAGUGUUGGCCAAUGACUGUUUGAUGCACUUCUCAGUAAGCUCUUUGCCGUUUGGUGGAGUUGGUAACAGUGGGAUGGGCUGCUAUCAUGGGAAGUACGGGUUUGAUCACUUGAGCCACUUGCGGGGCUGUCUGAUCAAACAGCUGAAGAUGGAGGGGGUGAAUAAGAUGCGUUAUCCACCACAUACAGCAGACAAGCUGGGCUGGGCACGCUUUUUCAUCCUCAAACACGUCGACUUUGGCAGUCUGGGCCGCAUGGCGCUGCUGGCUCUGCUGGCCGUCUUUGUUGCAGUGAUUUUACAGAUAAACUAUACUGAUUAAGAAUGUGAAUGAUAUGAAGAAAUCGAAUGUCCACUCAGAAGAGCUGGGUCAGAUGGUGGGAAAACUCCCGCUGAAAUGCUGCUUCUCUCCUUUGCCUUCGUUUUAUUAUGGCCAUGAUUUAUUUAAUCAUUUUUGACAAUUCUGCAUUUUUGGUCAUUUAAACUAACAUGCAGUUUUAAUACUAAUUAUAAUAUAUGAAGCACUUUAAUCAGUGUUUAUUUUAAAAUACACUUUUUUAUGCUGAGAUAUUUUAAAUGAAGGAAAUUAAGGUCACUCAGAGUAGAUUUCAUUUUUUUCUUAAGCAAUAUAUAAACACACUAAUUAUGCGUUUACAUGUAUUUUCAAUAAGAUGUCCAGCAUUUUAAACAAAUGCACAUUUCAAGUCUAAAUGAAGAUUUAUUUAUGAAGAAUUGUUUCAUAUGACGAAAAUAUUAUAAUAAUGAUAAUAAUAUUUUGUAUUAUUGUAUUAAUAUAAUACAGAAUACAUCGUUAUGUUUCAUCAUUCGUUUCAUUCUAUCAUCAUUUACUCACUCACAUGAUGCCCCAAACCAGUUUGUCUUUCCUUUUUCUAUAAAACACAAAUGAAGGAAUGUUGAAUACAUAGGGGUUUGCACCCGCUGAUUUUGGUGAACUAAUAUCUUUAAGAAAGCAGACCUACUGCACCGUUGCUAAUAAUAUUUCUACAAUAUCUGACAACCGUUUCACUCUAAUAAUUAUGCUGAAGUUUGUAUGUUCUGUAUCUGAAGGAUCAAAGCAUUUUUAGUUAUAGUAAUCAAUGCCUUAGAUUAUGAGAGACUUUUAUGACAGAAAUUUUUUUUAAUGCAACAAUAAACUUGUUUUUACACAGCUG